AUGAAUUCUGACUCCAGCUCUCUCUCCAGCAGAGCCUCCUCGCCAGACAUGGAGGAGAUGUACCUGCGGGACCAUCACCAUCACCACCAUCACCACCACCAUUCAGUCUCGUCGACGCAGAGCGAGGUGGGCCAGCGCGGGCCGGGCGAGGGCCUCUCUCGGGCCGGCUCCAAGGGCUCGUCGAGCGAAAGCAGCAAGUACAAGAUCAAGAAGCAGCUGUCGGAGCAGGACCUGCAGCAGCUGCGGCUGAAGAUCAACGGGCGCGAGCGCAAGCGGAUGCACGACCUCAACCUGGCCAUGGACGGGCUCCGCGAGGUGAUGCCCUACGCGCACGGGCCGUCGGUGCGCAAGCUCUCCAAGAUCGCCACGCUGCUGCUGGCGCGCAACUACAUCCUGAUGCUCACCAGCUCCCUGGAGGAGAUGAAGCGACUGGUGGGCGAGAUCUACGGCGGCCACCAUUCGGCCUUCCACUGCGGGACGGUGGCGCACUCCGCCGGGCACCCGGCCCACCCGCCGGGCGCCGUGCACCCUGUGCACCCCAUCCUGGGCGGCGCCUUGUCCUCGGGGGGCAACCCGUCUCCGCUCUCGGCUUCCCUGCCGGCCAUCGGCGCCAUCCGGCCGCCGCACUCGCUGCUCAAGACCCCCCCGGCGCCGCCGGCCCUGCAGCUGGGAGGGGGCUUCCAGCACUGGGCCGGCUUGCCUUGUCCCUGCAGCAUCUGCCAGAUGCCCCCGCCGCCGCACCUCUCGGCUCUCACCACGACGGCCAGCCUGGCCCGGAUCUCCACAGAAGCCAAGGACCUGCUGAAGUGA